AUGGCCACUCCAGUUGCCUCCGCAUCACAACCUGCUGCUCCUCUCGCUCAGCCCAAGAAACAGAAAAAGGAAAAAGCGGCCGGGGAUUCAGGAUUUCCUUUGGAACUUCAACCACCACCCGAUUUCUUCGACCACCGUAUCAAGCUUUUCGAGCAGCUGAAGGCCGAAUACGACGACGAGGUGAAAUCCAAACCUCGGGAAGAAAUCACCAUCACCUUGCCCGAUGGUGCUCAACGGAAAGGAACUAGUUGGGAGACGAGCCCAAUGGACAUCGCAAAAGAAAUCAACAAGAGUUUGUCUGAGAGGGUUGUCAUUGCCAAGGUAGACGGCAUACUGUAUGAUCUUGAACGUCCGCUGGAGAAGAGUUGCAAACUUGAGCUGUUAGACUUUGAGAACGAGGAAGGCAAGAAAGUCUUCUGGCACUCCUCCGCUCACGUCCUCGGAGAAGCUACAGAACGACAUUACGGUUGCCAUUUGUGCUUGGGUCCCCCUACCGACGAUGGUUUCUUCUACGAGAUGGGCAUUCAAGAUCGUCCAGUCUCCAAUACCGACUAUCCUGCUCUUGAGAAGGUGUCCGAAAUGGCGAUCAAGGAGAAACAAAAGUUUGAACGCCUGGUCGUUUCGAAAGAGAAUUUAUUGAAGAUGUUUCACUACAAUAAAUACAAGCAAUACCUCAUUAACACCAAAGUCCCUGAUGGCACCUCUACUACCGUUUACCGUUGUGGCCCUAUGAUUGAUCUCUGUGUCGGCCCCCAUAUUCCGCACACCGGUAAAAUUAAGGCUUUUAUGAUCACCAAGAACUCUGCAUCGUACUUCCUUGGAGAUGCCAACAACGAUUCUCUGCAAAGAAUCUAUGGUAUCUCCUUCCCCGAUAAGAAGCAGUUGACUGAGUAUAAGACCUUCCUUGCGGAAGCUGCAAAGCGCGACCACCGGAAAAUUGGGAAAGAACAAGAAUUAUUCUUUUUCAACGAUCUCAGUCCUGGAAGUUGUUUCUUCCUCCCGCACGGCACCCGGAUCUAUAACUCGUUGGUCGAACUUUUACGGCUGGAAUAUAGCAAACGCGGAUACCAAGAGGUCAUUUCACCAAAUAUGUACAACAGUAAGCUCUGGGAGACGUCAGGUCAUUGGCAGAACUACAAAGAUGGCAUGUUCACUCUCGACAUCGAGAAGGAGAAAUGGGGUUUGAAGCCCAUGAACUGCCCUGGGCACUGUCUCAUUUUCGACUCGAGAGAUCGAAGUUACAAAGAGCUGCCUAUCAGAAUGGCGGAGUUCGGUAUUAUUCAUCGAAACGAAGCCAGUGGCGCUUUGACUGGGUUGACGAGAGUGAGAAGAUUCAUGCAGGACGAUACCCAUGUCUUUUGUAUGCCGUCGCAGAUUGAAGACGAAAUCAACGCGCUAUUCGACUUCAUGCAACACAUCUAUGGAAUGUUUGGCUUUGAAUUCCAUCUUGAAUUGUCUACUCGCCCUGAGAACUAUCUUGGUGCCAUCGAAACGUGGAAUUUUGCUGAAGAGCAACUCACCAAGGCCCUCGAUAAACAAUACCCAGGUCAAUGGGCAAUCAACCCCGGCGAUGGAGCGUUCUAUGGUCCCAAGAUCGACAUCACCAUUAGUGACGCCCUUCGUCGAUCUUUCCAGUGUGCUACUAUCCAAUUAGACUUCCAGCUUCCAGAACGAUUCAACUUGAAAUACCGGUCUGCAGAAGAUUUUGGGAGCUCUGAAAAGCCGGCCUCAAGGCCCGUCAUCAUCCAUCGGGCGAUCUUGGGUAGUUUGGAAAGGUUCAUUGCGAUUAUCACGGAGCAUUUUGCUGGAAAAUGGCCAUUUUGGAUUUCCCCUCGUCAGGUUGUUGUCAUUCCCGUUGCUGCGCCCUACAAAGAAUAUGCUACAGAAAUCACCGAUCGUCUGAACUCUCUUGGACUUUAUGCAGAUGUUGACAACAGUGACAACACACUUCCUAAAAAGAUCCGUAACGGCGAAAUAGCACAGUACAACUUUAUCUUAGUUGUUGGUCAAGAGGAGCUCGAUGCCCGAGCAGUGAAUGUUCGAAACCGAGACGACAUUGGCACGAAGAAUAAGGGGGAGAUGAUCCCUCUCGAUACCGUUGUAGAGAAGUUUGUGGAAUUGAAGAGUUCGAAGCGGUUGAAGAAUCAGUUCGCUUGA